CACGAUACCACGCCAUGGAGGAGCGUGUCAACCUCAUGAACAUGAUGAAGCUCAGUAUUAAAACCCUGAUCCAGUCGGCCCUGAGCCUGGGCCGGACCCUGGACUCGGACUUCCCGCCCUUGCAGCAGUUCUUCGUGGUGCUGGAGCACUGCCUCAAGCACGGCCUGAAAGUGAAGAAGACCUUUAUUGGACAGAACAAAUCGUUUUUUGGUCCUUUGGAGCUAGUGGAAAAACUUUGUCCUGAAGCAUCAGAUAUAGCAACUAGUGUUAAGAAUCUGCCAGAGCUGAAGACUGCUGUGGGAAGAGGAAGGGCUUGGCUUUAUCUAGCACUCAUGCAAAAGAAACUGGCAGACUAUCUCAAAGUACUCUUGGACCACAAGCAUCUAUUAAGUGAAUUUUAUGAACCUGAUGCAUUGAUGAUGGAGGAGGAAGGAGCAGUCAUUGUGGGUCUGCUAGUUGGACUGAAUGUUAUUGAUGCAAACCUUUGCUUGAAAGGAGAAGACUUGGAUUCCCAGGUUGGAGUGAUUGAUUUUUCCUUGUACCUUAAGGAAACACAGGACAGUGAUGGCAAACAGUAUGUACGAGAUGGAGGGAUUACAGCUGUCCUCGACCAGAAGCAUUAUGUGGAAGAGCUUAACCGACAUCUAAGUUGCACGGUUGCAGAUCUUCAGAACAAAAUAGACUGUUUAGAAAAGACCAAUUCAAAACUCCAGGAAGAGCUUGCAGCAGCAACUGACCGAAUUGGAUCACUUCAGGAAGAACAGAAGCAGUUAAAGCAACAAAAUGAAUUAAUUCGUGAACGGAGUGAAAAAAGUGUAGAGGUUACAAAAGAGGAUACAAAAGUAGAAUUGGAUACUUACAAGCAGUCACGCCAGGGUCUUGAUGAAAUGUACAGUGAUGUUUGGAAGCAGUUGAAAGAAGAAAAAAAAAUUAGGCUGGAACUAGAGAAAGAGUUGGAGCUACAAAUCGGAAUGAAAACAGAAAUGGAAAUUGCCAUGAAACUUCUGGAAAAAGAUACUCAUGAAAAACAAGACACUUUAGUUGCACUUCGCCAACAGUUAGAAGAAGUGAAGGCUAUUAACUUGCAGAUGUUUCACAAGUCUCAGAAUGCAGAGUGUUCAUUACAGCAGAAAACAGAAGCAAUAUCCUCUUUUGAAGGAAAAACAAAUGAGAUGAUGUCCUCUAUGAAACAAAUGGAAGAGAGAUUGCAGCAUGCAGAAAAGGCAAGGCAGGCUGCGGAAGAAAGAUGCAACAAGAUGAAGCAAGAGCUUGCUGGCAGGCUUGACGCUUGUCGGCAACAGAUGUCCCAACUGGAUAACAAAUGCUCAACUCUGGAAAAGGAGUUAAAAUCUGAAAAGGAACAGAGACAAACUUUGCAAAGAGAACUACACCAAGAGAAGGAUGCUACCACUCUGCUUAAAACAGAAUUGCAACAAAUGGAAGGACUGAAAAAGGAACUGAGAAAACUGCAAGAUGAGAAGCAGCAGUUGGAGAAAGUCUGUGAGGAGCAGGAGCAAGCUCUUCAAGAAAUGGGACUUCAUCUCAGCCAAUCAAAGUUGAAGAUGGAAGAUAUUAAAGAAGUAAAUAAAGCGCUAAAGGGUCAUACCUGGCUGAAGGACGAUGAAGCAACACACUGCAAGCAAUGUGAAAAAGAAUUCUCUAUCUCGAGAAGGAAGCAUCACUGCAGAAACUGUGGGGACAUCUUCUGCAACACUUGUUCCAGUAAUGAACUUGCACUGCCAUCGUAUCCUAAACCUGUCCGUGUUUGCGAUACUUGUCACACUUUACUCCUUCAGCGGUGUUCGUCCAAUUCCUCCUAAGGCUUUCGUCACCUUGACAGGACCACUUUAACGUUGGAAAGUAGCCAUUAUUUUUUUAAUUCUGAGUUCCAGGCACCUUCUGUGCAGCAGGGUGUCUGGUCUCUAGUAUUUUCCACUCUAAGACAGAGCAGUGUAAAAUAAUUUGUAGGGAUUAUGCAAG